AUGGCCGCAAGAAACCCCUCAAUAUUUCUCUCCUGCUUGGCAAAGCGAGCAGCACACCUGUCCGCACCCUCAAGGACAGCAGCCCCCCUCCACAGCGCACGCCUUCAUCACCCCCUACGCCGCAUCUCAACACCAUCACCAAUCAUCACCACCCGACGCCUCGCCCACACGAUCCCGAAGCCACCACCGCCACGCCAGGAAUCGCAAGCAACCGCCGCCGACGGUACACCAGACUCCUCCUCAUCCUCAGCCACAACCCCCGACGGCAAACCCACCAAGCUCUCCAGCGAGGAGGACGCCACCCGCGAGCCCGAGGAGCAGCAGGAGCAGCAGGAGCGUUCCUACUACGAGCUGACCUUCACCUGCGUCCCCUGCGGCGUGCGCUCGGGCCACCACGUCUCCAAGCAGGGGUACCACCACGGCUCCGUCCUCAUCACCUGCCCGUCCUGCCGCAACCGCCACAUCAUCAGCGACCACCUCGGCAUCUUUGGCGACCACCGCGGCCUCACGGUCGAGGACCUGAUGCGCGACAAGGGCAUGCUCGUCAAGAAGGGCACUCUCGGCGAGGACGGCGACAUCGAGUUCUGGGAGGACGGCACGACGACGAGCCGCGACGAGCGCCGCAGCGCGGAGGACGUCAGGUCCCACACGCCCGACCCCAAUGCGCCGAGGGCCGACGCCGCGCCGGGCUCGUCCUGGACCAAGGCCGCUGGGAGGUAG